AUGGGGAAGCCAACGCUUCUUCCUUCGAAACUGGUUAGCCAGCACAGUCGGUCUUGCACUUUGAAGCCUGGCCGCUGCGGGUUGUGUCAUUGGCACAAGGAGAAGGACAGCUGGCGGAAGCGCUUGCGGAAUGCGAAAUGGCUGCAAGUGACUUUGAAAGGGAAAGUGGCAAGGGUGGGCUGUGCAGCUUGUGCUGCUUUUGACGCUGGAGGCCCCUGGGCGAACUUUGACUUAAAGCCGACAGCUUUGAGACUGCACUGCUUGAAGCGGCAUGAAGACUCCAAGGGUCACAAGUUGGCAGAGCAAAGCUUCCAGCAUGGGACGAACUCGCGGGUAAAUCUGUUGGCGCCGCCUCUGUCGGAGUUCCGGGACGCUUGGACAAAGAUGCAACAAGGUGGAAGUUGCAGAGAUGGAGGUGUGUCUUCCGACAAGAAGACCAACAUACGCUGGUCCAUUUCCGAGGCAAUACUGGACAUGAAUCGCUUUUCCGAAAGCUUGGCCAACUGCACUGUCGAAGCCAUCCAUGAUUUGUGCCAGCCGAUGCUCCACCCUCCCCGUUCCUGCCUUGACCCGGAGCUUCCAGCAUACGAUGACUCGGUCGAGAAGAGGAUCCGCGAGCGGACUACCAUUUUGGUAACCGAUGCAGCUUCUGCGGAGCAGCUGGCGUCCAAUGUCUUGCGAGGCAAACGCCCAUCUGCACUGACAAGUGAAUGUGAAAAGGAGCUGCCGCAUGUUAAGAUAGUUGGCCGUGACAUUGCGCAUGCGAGCACCCGCUUGCUGAAGAGACCUUUCCAAAAGCACGCUGAGCUAGAGGCUAUAAUGGAUGAGUUCAUCUCAGGAAAGGACAGCUUCUGUCAAAAGGUGCAGCAUAGUCCACUGUACACCAAGUGGUGGAAUGAAAUUCUUGAAAAAGAUGGGAAGGGUACAGAAGAAGGAGGAACUGGAGCCAGCAUGGCUGCUGCGAAGCAUCGCUUCGGAAGCUAUGCUCAUCCCCUGUCACGGGUGACAGAAAACAUGAGGUGUGUGCUGACCCUCUUGCAUAAGAUUGCAUUGCUUCGGGAUUCGUCAGGCCGUUGGGCGUCCCAGAUUCUGACACAUUUUUCUGGCUACAAGGCUAUCCUGCUUUCACUCUGUGCAGAUGCCGCGGCAACGUCCAUGGACUUCACUCGCUUCUGCGACGACGAGCAGAGCGACAUCUCCCUUCUCAACACCAAAGCGCAGCAGUUUCUCUUGAGCACUCACGCAUUGUUUCUUCAGGAAGAGGCAUUCACUUUGCCUACCUUUGCAAAAGAUUUGCUGGAUUCUUGCACACGGGCCCCUUUCAGCAUUCUCAUUGCUGGACAGGCAAGAGAAGUGCGAGUUCGAGACUGUGACAAGCGUCGGGCUAUGAACGUUAUGAAAGAAUGGGUGUGUGGGGCAGAAGCAACUCUGAAGGCCGAGUUUCCGUCGUGGCACCUCAUUGGCGCUUUUGAUGUCUUUCAUCUCGGCGGGAGCAUGAGUGACAGCGACAAGUGCACUGUAGAGAAGAGUCUGGCGCGUCUGGCGUGCGCCUUCGGGGUGAACCUGGCAGACCUGACGCAACAGUAUGUUGCAAUCCUGCCUAUGGCCCAGGCAAUGAAGAAGAAGACAGGACAAGACAAUCGCACGGCGUGGGCGAACGUUUUGUUGCGCAUACGAGAUUCUCGUCUCAAGGGGAAAUAUCCUCAAGAUGCUUUAUAUCGCGUCGUUUGCGCCUUCUUGGCAUGGUCAGCGUCCAGUUCCGGCGUUGAGCAGCUCUUUUCAAAAUUGAAACGAUCACCAGUGGAAUUGGCAAGUGCCCAGGCAGAUACGGACCGAAGGGUCUGUGCUGCCAUGGGGUGCACUCUGGACCAAGCGCAGGAAAAGGAAAUGCUGCAGGAAGCUCGAGCCAUCUACACACGGCUGAGCCAAAGCGGCAAGUCCCGGUCUUCUGAGGGCAGGAGGAAGCGGUUAGAUUUCGGUCGCAAAGGUCCAAUGAGACCGUCAUCCCACAAGAACUGGAUGCGAAAACGAAAGGAAGCUGUGGAGGAGGCUGCGGCUCAGUUGAUUAUGCCUCCCCGGAAGAUUUCUUCACAUGAUUUGCCUGAAAGUUCUCGAAAAGAAGUGGAGCAACAGAGUCGAUUGGAGAAGAAGCGAAAAGCUGAGGCUUAUUCUGAUGGCUUGCUUUUGAACUCCGAGGUGACAGAAGCAGUAGUUGCUGAGGCUCAGAAACAAAGGAAAGCAGACGCUUCCAAUGACCGGGCUCGCAAGUCCAAUUUUCACAGCAGGCACGCUGCAGUGGAAGCCAGCAUCACCAAGAAGACUGUGGCAUGGGCGCUGAAGGGAUUGCCCAGCCCGGCUUUAAACACUGACGCGGCGAAGGAUCUGAGGCAAGCGUCUCUUUUGAUCAUACCGGACAUCAACACGAUCCCUCGGAAGCAUCAACUCAUGGCAGCCUUGUUCGGUAAGGUCAUUUUGUCUGCGGCAAUUCUUGACGGUGGAAACGGAGUGAAACUGUCAUACAGUGCUGGAAGUCAGCUUGGUGUGUUCGUUUACGUGACUGAUGGAUUUCGAAAUCAAGAGCCUGGCUUGACCAUGAUUUUGCGCGAAGCGUGCGCUCAUGGGUGGAAGGCUGUGACAAUGAAUGACUUGCAGGCUCGGAGCAAAGGGCCCAAGAAUUCCUGCUUGCUCUUACGGGCAAAAGGGGAGGCACUGAAUCUGGGCAAGUCCAGGAUUCAGUGUCUUGAUGGCAAUGAGCUAGUUGCCUGGGCUGCUCAAAAAUUUGUAGAUGUCAAGUCAAGUGCCUGGAUCAGCACUGGCACAGCUUGCGCGCGGAACCGCGCGCCUAGCCUAGAUGAUUUUUUUCAUUUGGAAGCCUGUGCCAAAGACCUGAUGACCGCGAUUCGCAGCGCGGUUUCCCGCAUCAAUGACCUGGCAAAGACAUGGAAAGCUCGGCUGGGUUUGUGGUCUCCCGCGGACUCCUCGGGCAAAAUUAGAUGUGCUUCGGACUGCUCCUAUGGUUCAGAUCUCAUUGCUCUCAGGUUGUUCGGCCUUCAAAAACGGGUGGAUUCUGUAAUGACUUGCGAGUCAUGCGGGAAAAAGAUGAUGCUGCACGAUGCGGUGGCAGCUGCUUGUGGCAUUGGCACACGCAAAGUUUCUCAUUAUGCUGACAUCUGUGGGCGCGACAAUGCUGCGGCACCCCGGGCUGAUUUGUACACUGCCGGGUACCCUUGCCCAUCAUAUUCCACGCUUGGAAAAAAACGUGGAGUUUUGGACGACCGAGGCUUCGUAUCUCUGCAAGGUUUGAUGUACAUAGCAGAGAAACGCCCGCGGGCGAUUAUUUUGGAACAGGUCGCAGCCAUAUUGCAGAAGAAACACAGCAAAAUUUUUCAAUUCAUGCAGAAAAUUUUACGAGAGCUGGACUAUCGUUUUGAGAUCCGCGUGCUCAACACGAAGCAGUUCACAAUCCCACAUUCUCGGUCUCGUAUGUACUUGAUCGCCGUGGCGAGAGAGUCCCUAGUUCAUGAGCUGUCCUUUCCACCGGCCAGGUCAGAACACGCGGACUUGCAUGCCUUUUUGGAGAAAGACAAAGUCGGCACGGAAGUGCUUUCACUUCCAUUCUACGAAGAGAAGUUAGGAAACCGUUUGUUUCAGAAAGGAUACAUACUAGACGUGGGCUCUUCGCAGCGCUUUCAAAGCGUCAUGCCCAACCCCUCCCCAUGCCUGACAAAGUCACGGCUCAAGGCCGCUGGCUACUACAUACCAAAACUUCGGAGAAGGCUGACACUGGCGGAAGCCGCCCAGCUCCAAGGGGUGCCGCCUCAAAUCCUUCAGGCCAUGGAAGAGGCAGCCAAGCUACAUCGCUUGCCGAAGAGGUCGGUGGAUGAAUCAUUGGGAGAUGCCAUGUCCGUCAAUGUUCUGAUGUCCGUUUUAAGGCGGGCGCUGGAUGCAUGUGGGCUAACCAAAUUGGGUUCCGGCAAAGACUUUUGGCUGCAAGUGACAUUGGGUGAGGCGAGCGUCAACUUGAGCAAGAAGCUCUUUGACAAGUACAAAAGGUGA